AGGGGGAGGCGGGCAGGCUGCGGGGAGCCGGGACACACGACCGCGCGGGCACUGCACGGCCGACGGCGGCGCCGAGCGGAACCAACCGGACGUCUUUCGUUUUUCGACAGCGUGCAAAUGUCAUGAAGAUAUUUUGAUGGAAUAGAUCUUUUCUUGGGCCGACACCUUUGUCUUUGCAUAAUGUUUCGCAGAAGCGUUAUUUUGCUCAUCUGUACCUUUGUGGCAGUAAUCGCAACUACUGACCACAGUGCUCCAGAUUCCAUUACAGGAUCUGAUUCUGAAGUUACAAUCUAUCGUCUAAGAACCGAAAAACCAGGACAAAUGUUCCGAGAUGAUCAUGUAGCAAAACUAGCAGCUAAUCUUGAAGAAAUAAUAAUGGAACGUGACCAUGAGCGGGAAUUUCUUAAGAACAAGGAGAAGUAUAAUUUCGUGGAAAAAUUUACCACUGUACCUUACUAUGAAAUACCCCAGGAAGACCGUUGUGUGGUAAAUAAUGGCAACUGCUCACAGAUAUGUGAAACUGUUGGAUAUGAAACUGUCUGUUCCUGUCGUGAAGGAUACAGUCUCACGAGCGCCACUGCCUGCACUGCAGUGUCAGCAUGUGAAAUUGUUCUGUCCGGUACUUCAGGAGAGUUUACUAUUGGUAGUAAGCCUUGCCAGUGGCUCAUAAAAGCACCAAGACGUCGUAUCAUAUUAAUUACACUUCAUAGAACGAGUGGUUUCCACGGCUAUUACAUUGACGCGAGCAGACGUUUUGGGGAAAUCUACGACGGAAAUUCUACUGAAGGAAAUGUAAUUACUCGUAUCCGCCCCGAUACGACAGAAACUGUUCUCAGAAGCUCUGGUCCAUAUGUGCUCAUCAAAAGCCUUGAGGAAUGGGCUCGCCAUCCGCACCUCAAACAACGUGUUUCUUAUGUGACAGGUUACCCAUAUUUAGAAAUUACGUCUGAUAAAGCUACUGGCCACUUAAGUGCUCCUGUCCCGUCAUUAUCUAUGGGUGAAGAUUGUUUCUCUCUGACAUACAGUGCACCACAAAAUGGUUCCUUGAUGGUGAAGCUGACCGACAAAGAUAAUGAAAAUUUACUAGAGCUUACUCCAGAGUUUACUUUUGAGCGCCAUGAUGGGAAAUGGAAAAGAGAAAUUUUUCGAGUUCCGUUUCAUCAGAAUGCUGAGAGACUAGGGUUCAAGUUCCAAGGAAAAGGUACUAAGGUUUACAAUCUUGGAAGAUGCACUAACAUUGAAUACCACGCUGUUGGCGCCCAGAUGUAUGUUGAUCCAGACACAGUGUGUCGCAAUGGGGGUGUGUGGAGCAGUACAACCCAAUCGUGCACCUGCCCACCAGGAUUUGUUGGCAUGUACUGCGAGGAAGGUUGUGGACCAAACAGAUAUGGAGAGAACUGCUCAAAACCCUGUUCAUUUCUGUCUAGUGCAUGCGAAGGACUUAUAUUUUGCACUAAAGAGUUGUGUUCAUGUGCUCCGGGCCUGCAAGGAGCCUACUGUGGUUCACCAUGUGACUCAAGAAAUUACGGAGCAUCUUGUCGUCAACGUUGUGGGAAAUGCAAAGACGAUGAACCCUGUGACCGGUACACAGGGAUGUGUUACACUGGAUGCUAUGACGGAUUUUACCCACCAUUUUGUCAGCAGACCUACAAGGUAUUAGGGAAUGCGCCAGAUGUAAUUGAAGAUAAUUACAAAUCUCUAAAGAUCAGAAUAUCGUUCGAAAACGUAACAGGAGAAGGAGAGCCAGUUUUCUAUGAAGUGCAAUACAAAGAAGAGAAACAAUAUGUUUGGUCAAAAUCAUCUCCAAGAGUAAUUCCCAAUGCAACAGAACUGGGAAUCACGGCAGAAUUAGAAAUUAUGGGGUUAGUUGCUGGGAAAAACUAUGAAAUCCGAGUAAUUCUCAUUGAUAAGGAUGGUGGUAGUUACCAAACAGAUGUGCCAGAAAGUAAAGCAAGAACUAAAUGCAUAGAUCCAGUUCAAGGAGACUACAAAUUUGCAGUAAGAGAUGUAGAUGACACUAGUGUUCUCCUGGAAUGGUCUUAUGAACAUGAUAAGACUUCACUGACUUGUGAAAUAUUGGACUUCGAGCUGUCUGUUCUCUGUGGAAGCGAGAAUCUUAAAUACUUCAUAACAGAGAAAGAAGGCCACUUGAUACUGUCAGCUAUUAUGCCUGACAUGACCUACAAUUUCCAACUGACUGGUAAAACUGUGACUGGCAAUAGGACUCUACCUAGAGAGAUUGAAGUUCACACACUAGCUGCUGGCCCAGGGAGGGUGAGAACAGCGAAGGCAGCGCCCUCGCCAUCAGGCAGGCAGUUGCAUGUUACAUGGCUCCCUCCAUGGAAUUCACAAGGCCAAUCACUGUGGUAUAAAGUCAGAUAUCAGGUACCUGAAUAG